UUUACAUAAUAUCAAUAUUUUUGGUAUAUGAAGUAGAUAUGAUUAAUUACCAUUUGAUUUCAUUUAUGUUGUUAUGAAUUGACUACUUCAGCCUGUAUUGUGUCUAUGGUUUUAUAUGUAAAAUUGAAGAAAAAGUUAGGUUGUAAUUUGAAAUUUGGGUUUAGAUAUUAUGUGAUAAAGUCAAGUCUAAAAAAUAUUAAAUAAUUGCCAGCAUUUGUUAUGGCAGAUAAAGCUGAUUGGAGAAUCAAUGAAAAAUUCAGGAAACCGAGGCAAUCCAAAGGAACUCCAUUGUAUCGCCAAAGGAACUAUUUUGCUGUUGCUGGAAUAGUUUUUGGGGCAGUUAGCUGGUACAUUUAUAGUUUUUGGCCACAAUCUCAAAAAUUGAAGCAUUCUAUUAUCGAAGGAAAGUUUGAUAUGCCAGAUGGUUUGAAAAUAAAAAUUGAUCAUAUACAAGCAUCACUUAAAGGUGGUGGCGUUGAAGAACUUUUAGCUAAAGCCAGAGAAAGAGAAAUUGAAAAACAUGCCCCCGAAAUCCCGGAAGAACAAUCAUGGCUCAGCAAAAUCACUAGAUCAUCACCUAGUCUCUAAAAAUGAUAGUAAUAGAUCUAAGACCUCACACCCAUCUACUUCCACACAGAAUUCAUCAUCUGAGGAAAUCGAUUCGCCAUAUAAAAAUUUUUUAGGCAAAGUAAAACAUACUAGUCUAAAAAGUGACAGUGAUGAUGAUUUUAAAACACCGGUGAAAAGUAUUCGAAAAGUAAUGAAACAAGUACAAUCAAAAAAGAGAAAAACAAAUUUAAAGAAAUCAAACCAGACCAUACCUAAUCUUAUUUUAAAACGUACUAGAGAUAAUUUUAAUAAUUUGGAUGUGAAUCCUGAACAUUUACAAAUGGCUUUAGCUUUAUCAAAAUCUACGUAUGCUGAAGAAUAUCCUGAAAUCAAUAAAGAAACUCCAGAGCAGGACUUACCUUCAUUUUUAUCACCAAAACAGAUCCCUAAAAUUACAACCUUUCUGGAAAAAUAUGGUUUCAAAUCCUCCAGGCAAAAAUUCCAAACAGAACGAGGUUAUUCAGAAGAAGCAAGGAAAAUUAAGAGCUCCAAAUUUCGUUUUAUAACACCGGUCCUAUACAUUCGCAAUGAGGAAGAAAGAAAACAAUUAAUCAAUUCCAAAGUAGCAAUCAUUUUAAAUCAAAAUAAUGAAACCCUGCUAGACAAAAUGAAAGAAAUAGAUGAAAACGUAAACAGUUCAAUUUUGAGUGAAUACGUUCAUGAUAAGAAAUGCUGGAAAGCUAGUGAUCUUAAUGAAUUAAACAGUUAUGUUUGUCAUUCGCUUCAAAUUCCAUAUGUAAAAUCUGCAGUUGGUUGCCUAUUGAAAAAUUGGAGUGAAAUACCUGGCAGAGAAGAGUCACCAACACGAACAAAGAAAUGUGAAGAAAUAGAUUUACAGAAAGAAAAAGGAAAAAUAGAUAAAGUUGGAGGGGCAACAAAAUGUGAGUUUGAUGGUAUAACUGAUUUGGAGACUAGGAAAAGUAUAGAACCUGAAGAGAAAAAAUUGUGCACAAAUUCAAAUAUUCAUGAAGAUUUACAAAAAGAAUUAGAUGAAGUGGAAGUAACAAUAAUACAUGAAUUUGAUGACAUAACUGAUUCAAUAACUAACCAAAGUGUAGAUAAAGAAACAGAAGAAGUAGAUUUGUAUACAAAUUCAAAAAUUUAUGAAACAAUAAAUUUACAGAAAGAAUUAGAUGAAGUAGAGGAAACAGUAAUAUCAGAUACCUUCAAUGAGCUAACCAAUUCCACUGCAAAAGUAGAAUUGAAAACUGACAAAGAAAAUGUUGAUAAUGAAAAUAUUUUUGUAGAAGAAAAAGAGCAAUUCGGUGUUAUACAAAACAUUGCUUCUUGCAGUAAGGUCACUGAAGAAAGAAUUGACCAAUGUAGCUCUCCAGAUUUAUUUUCUUCUGAAGAUGAAUUGGAUAUGUACAAAUUAUCACCAGUAAAUCAAUUAACUGAAAAUACCAACAAGGGUUUAGAAAUUUCCAAAUUGCCACAUUUUAAUAAAGAAUCCAAAAAUGGCAAGUCAGAUAAAAAUGAGCAUACAUCAAGAACUGAAAAAUCUUUUGAAUAUAAUAGAAUCGAACAUUAUGAAAGUUCCUUUGAAGAUAUCACUGAAAUUGAAGAAAUUAUAGAUUUAACUCAAAAUUCUGAUGAUGAUAUCAAAAACCCUAGAGAGAACUCAGAAAAACGUAGUAAUAAUAUCAAGUCACAUCGAAUGGACUUAUCUGGACGAAAUCUUGAAAUUAAUCCCAAAAAAUCGUUUGGUACCAAAUAUUCAUCUUUAGAUUCUGGUAAUGCUUCUUAUGAAUAUAAUUCUACAAAGUCAUUGAACGUUACUGAUUAUGUUAUGGAAUUUCUAAAUUCACAAGAUGAUGGAGAUGAUCAAAAUAAUCUUGAUUUUCUCAGCCAAAGUCAAAAUAAUGCUAGUUCGCAAGAAAGUAUGAUUUUAUCUGAAGAUGAAGAAUUGAAUUAUUCAAAUAAAGUUAGUGCCAAUAAUGAAAAAACCCUAUUCCAUUUAGAAAAUACCUAUCAAAAUGACACUUGCUCAAAUAAGGAACAUGAUGCUGCUCUAGCAGAAAAGGCAGAAGACAAUCCUGAUAUUUUAAGUCAAAGUUCAAUAGAAAGUAUAAUUGUAUUAAGCGAUGAAGAAUUGAAUUACUCCAAUAGAAUAAGUGCCAAUCAUAAAAAAAACAUUUUCGAUUUAACAAAUUUUGAUAAUACAGUUAACGAUGAUCCUGAUACAGAUUAUAAAAAUGAAGAACUGGAUGCUAUACAUGCAGAACUAACAAAUAAAUACAAACCAAAACAAGUCCAUCAAAAUGAAGCUAAUAGUGAUAGUAGUAAAGGGUCAACCAUUACUACAUUAGUUGAGUCUCAUACAAAUGAUUUUACGCCAGAAAAGAUUGACAAUAACAUUGAAAAUAUUUCCACCCCCAAUGAGAAUAUAAUAAUAAAAACCAAUGAUGUCACUCCUAUGCCUGAUUUUGAUACAAUGGAUACCCCAAAUGUCAUAGCGGAAUUAGAUAAAUUCGGUAUAAAACCUUUGAAAAGACGCAGGGGAAUACAACUACUGAGGCAUAUCUAUGAUUCAAUGCAUCCAUACGUAAACUUAGAUAAUGGAACAACUUCAUACGAAGGAGAAGACAGGAGAAUAAAAAAAAGAAAGUUGACCAACGAAUUUGAAAUUAAUAAUAGAGAAAAUAUAAAAAUUGUUGGAACGGCCAUAAUCGAAAGUGAAAAUGAUGGUGAUUUGAUAUUCGAAAGAAAAUGUUCAAAGAAAAUAGCAUCCUGCUGUAUUCCUUUACAAAUUGCUUGGUUUAAUUUUUUGAGUUGCAAUCCAAUGUUGGCUGAAAGUAUUGUCCUGUAUGAACCGAUACAACUAGAAGUAAUUCAUUCAAUGUUGAAAGAACAGUCGGGAUGCAAUUUUCAUAUUCAGGAUAUAAUUACGUUUUUUGAUAAAAAAUGCAUUACUUUCCGAACGAAUCAAUGGCAAGUUAAUAAUAAGAAAAUUAAAGAAAUGAAGUAGAUGUUAUCAAAAUAUAAAGGACUAUUUCUAAACUAUUAACUGACGAUUUUAUAAUAGUUAUGUACAUUAAAUUAAACUUUUAUAUA